CUUAUUUAUUUUUAAUGAUUUAACAUAAGAGGUAGAAUCAAAAAAAUCUAUUAUUAGUUAUGACAAGUUUUUAAGAAACAAUUUUUGGUUUGCCGCUUGAAAUGUGGAGUAUACACUUGGUAUCUUGGACAGCUGUUUGCCUGAUUUGUGUUCUUUUGGAUAGAGUUAUUUAUGCUCUGCCUUUGGUUAACCAUGCUACAAAUUUAAGGGAACAACUUGAUGAUGAGGAAAUUGCUGAUAAUACAGAUCUUGCUGGUGGCCUACGCUUGUUUCCAAAACUACCAAGAACGACGAUAAAAGGGAAACCUGAAUCUACAAAAGAGUUGCUUCAACUAUGGGCUAAAGCCGAAAAAGAAGGCAGAGCUGAACGAAACGGAAAUAAUCCAGGCAGGGAGCUCACCAUACCGAUUCCAAAAUUUAAUACCGAUGUAAUGGGCAAUUGGGUAUUCAAUCCCUGGGCCGUCACCUAUGGCGAUAUAUGGUUGGAUACGCGUUUUCACAAUUUAGACAAGCCAGUGAUACCGCGAAUCACAAUUGACCAUUUCGCUGCAAAAAACUACUAUCCCGAAACUGGAAAACCGAGUGGUGUGUGUUAUGGUAAAUCGACAAUAUAUAAUAUUCCAAAAGUUGAAGAGUGGCUAAAAAAAGAACCGCCCAAUCAUUGCUAUGAGCACCGUCCUUUAUACAUGCAACUUAGAAGGGAAAUCUUCGAGUCUGGCAAAUCUGAGGAGUGUCAUGGGAAAAAAUAUGACGAUUGGCGCAAAUAUCAAGAAUGUACAAUUCGUCGUAAUAUGAGAAUGGAGUACAUGAUACCAAAGUAUCCCCUCCAUCAAAUCAACACUUAUUAUGAAAUAACGGAAGAACCUUAAAUGAAAUAUAUAAUAAAUUUUGACUAAUA